GUGGCUCGGUAGGAGGACGGGAAGGUGCGGAGGGAAAAAAGGUUUGAUUCCUUUUUUGAUCUUAUACUAUGGGGAAAGAAGAGGACAAAUAUCUUCAAUGAUUUUUUUUGAACACACCAUCCAUGAAACGAACGAAAAUUCUGCUAUCAAUCUAUUUUUUUUGUGUCACUCAUUGACGCGCUAGGCGUGGCUAGUGGAGGACGAAUUCGGGCGGAAUUCGUAUGGAAGAGGGAUAAGCAAGUGGCUUAGCAGGAGGAUGGGAAAAUGCGAUGGCGUCAGGGAAAAUGGUUCUUUGUCAAGGAAUACAAAUCUGGUUUUCAUGAAGGAAUGAUGCAAAUAUAUUGAUUCAUUGAGUAAAUUGUGGUCAUAGUUACUGUAUGAAAAUUAGAGGUUCUAUCAUGAUCUUCCGCCUCCCUUACGCUAACAUCGGCUCACUAGGUUCGGCUAGGUAGGAAGAAAUUUGCAGAGGAUGUGUGGGGAUUAUUGAGAAAAAAGCAAGUGGCUUAAUAGGAGGAUGCAAAAGUGCGGUUGCCUAGUGGGAAAAGGUUCAAUUCUAAAAUGACUUGAUCUCUUGGUUUUCACUGGGUGACGAGUAGUGGAAGUAAGCUCAGUAGUAACGCUACAAAACACCAAGAUGUAACAAGAACAUCAUUGUCUCUCCACAAUGCAUGAGAUUUGAAUUUUGGUUACCACUUGGUCCUAGUCUUGAUGGCAUAUAAUCUUCCCACCUAACAGCACAUUACCUCAGCAGGUGGGGCUGGCGGGGAAGGUAUUUGAAUGGACUUUGCGGACAUGAUCGGGAGAAGCGAGAUGGGCUGGUGGGAAGGUGGGACCUUUUUUUUCAGCGGAGGAGAAGUUUCGCUUGGAGAAAAGGUUUCGAUUUUUUGAUGCGGAUGAUGCAUGGUAUCUCCUCACCUUCCUUGUGAUCACACUGAUUCAUUUGUGAGAUUCGUUUUUCAUGCAGAUGACCGAGCAGAACUUCUAAUGCAUCCUUCGAAAUCAAUAUGCGAAACGAAGAUUCGUAGCUGAUCGCUGAGAUCCAUUUGCUGAAUCAGAGGUUACUUCAGGACUGGAAUAAAGCCGGAGUAUCCAUGCCCACUUUUCCAGGUAUUUAUGUAAGUAUGCAAUAUGAGGUGCAGAGGACACCAUUUUUCCAGAGGGUAUUUCUGAUUGCAGUACGAAGUGCAGAGGACAGUACACGAACAACGAUGACAUUCUAGGUGAUUCUUCACUUUGGGGGAGUGUUGCAACAGCUGGUUUGUCGAAAGAGGCGGUCGAGGGGCUGAGAUGUACCUUCGAGCAUGCUGUAUGGAUUAUGGGAAUGAGGCACUGCCAGUGGUGAUUUUUUUUACCUUACGCAAUCAAAAGCAGUAUGAAUGAUGUGGUAGGAGCAAGAUUACAACAGAAUGAUGUUUUUCGUUAUUGACUAUGUUUAUGGGAGUGGAAUGAUAUCUAGAUGUACAGAGGAAUUCGUGACCGAGCCAGGAUAUUCAAUGAACAUUUUUUGAGUCAAUCACUUGAAUUUGCUGUCUGAAAAAAACAAAGGGACACAAAAACUUCGUCCAUAUUUACUUCAACGAAAAGAUCUACCAGUGACAUUAAUGAUGAGAUCGUUUGUUUCUUGCCUUCAUUUUCUUGAUUAUGUUGUUCUUGGUUCUGUGAUUUAACAGAUCGUUUCGCGUCGCAAAUGCAGUAGAGAUUUUUACUGUUUACAACUUGAAUGACUUCCUUCGAAUUAGCGAAAACUUCUGAAAUAUGUUUCAUCAGUGAAAGUUUCUUUUUCUUUGUCAGCCAAAAACAAACCCAGUUAAUGCUAUGAAUGUUUUAACAUCUCCUUGUCGACCUCGUUGAUGUUGGUGUAUGUUGACUAUCGAAAUAUAAUGAGAAAGAUUUUUCAUACAUAGAAGAACAGUCAAAUCUACAACUUUCAAAAACAAUUAGAUAUUACAUUGAAAUUUUUUCAAUAGCAAGAAACUCAGCUUCGUUGUCCAUGAUGAUUUUAUUAUGAUGUUUCUUUUAUGUCGCCUCACGUUCCAAGAACGGAGGUGGCAAGUAGCAAACAAGCCUACAGACGCCUCUGGGCGGCAUGGAAGCACGAUGGAUCGUGACCUCUUCAAUUCCUUGAAAAUACUCUGUGGCUCUUUGUGGCACAAUCUACAGCUGCAUUUUCCACUGGGGUUGCCAUUCGGGAUAAUGCUAUGCGUCCUAUUUUUCCGAAUCAUUAUUCUGUUGCGUGUUUUCUUCAAGUGGAAGCGUGGGAGUCAAGCUGAUGCCUCAACGAAGUAU